AUGACUUGUCCGUUUUGCAGCAUAGCAUCCAAUUACCCACCAUCCUCAUCUCUCGCAAACCCAGAUCUUACCACUCCAUCCGCGUUCGUAGUCCUCAGCACACCUCAGUGCAUGGCAUUUCUCGAUAUUAUGCCCCUUUCCCCCGGACAUCUACUAGUCACAACUCGUAAUCACAACGAAAAAUUAUCGGACGUGAGUGAAGAAGAAGCGCGAGAGUUAGGCGAAUGGCUCCCGAGACUAUCUCGAGUGUUAGCUAAGGUCACCGGUGUGUGGGACUGGAAUAUUGUUCAAAACAACGGUGAGUUACCCCGGGAUUCGUGUCUUGGAAGUUCCGCCGCAUCUAGGGUUGUAGCUAGGUCUAUUAUAGAUAUCUGGUGGAACAAUGGAAUGGAGAAAUCGUUGCUAAUGAUGGCGAUAAAUAUAGGAGCUGCUGCAGCGCAAGUGGUACCGCAUGUACACUUUCACAUUAUUCCGAGACCGGGGCUAACUCCCGAGUUACGCAAUCGAUCUUUUACGAUGUUUGGGAGGGGGCAGAGGAGCGAAUUGGAUGAAGAUGAAGCUAAGGUUUUAGCGGCGCAGUUGAGGGAGGAAUUGGGAAGAGAGAUGGAGGGGAUUGGGAAGGGCAAACUAUAG